AUGACACUGUUUACUGAAAUUAAUAUAUUUAUAUACUUUUUUGCUUUAGUAUAUUAUCCUAACUAUGUAGGCAGUUUAAGUGAUACUAGUCUGGCAACUUUCGAUAACCCAAACAGUACUAUGAGUUUAAACCAAAUGGUGAGAACUAAGCAGGAAUAUAAUAUAGAACUUCAUAAUAUAUAUGACGGGACUGACUUACAAAGAAUUAGAGAGGAUCUCGGUAAUAUAGUUGUGAAUUGCUCUGACUUGUUUGAGUCCAUAUACAAAGAUCCAGAUGUUUUACUACUUGUCGGGUUGCUUGCAAGUGCUGGAGAAUCUAGACUUUAUGAGUUAAAUCCUGAAACAGUCAAGAAGUAUAGAGACCAUAUGGGUUCAAACACUAUAACUAUGGAUAAGUUAUAUACUAACGAUGAAGGAUCCUUAAUUAACAAUUGCAGAGUUAAGAAUACGCAAAUUCCUAUAUAUAACAUUGGUGACACUUUGCUGCAUGCAGCUGUACUUUCAGGAAGGCCUGAAGUAGUUGACUUAUUGAUAAGGCUAGGCAUGAAUGUAAAUUCAAAAGUUAAAGUUAAUUCACUUGUAUAUGGUUAUGUAAACAGUUAUUUUGGAGAUGUCAGUGAAAUGACGGCGCUCCAUUAUUCUUCUUUGAUACAAGACUUAGAUUCUGUAGAGAUAUGCAAACUCCUGUUAGAAGCUGGAGCAGAUCCUAAUAUGGAGGAUGUAUUUGGUCGUACUCCUUUGCAUACUGUUGGGCUACUUCAAAAUCUACAUUCUAAGAAAGUAGCUAAGCUCCUUUUAAAGUAUGGGGCUAAAACAAGGAAAAGAGACAAUUACACCUUAACUCCUUUACAUACAGCUGCUUCACGUAAUAAUUUACCAGUGGUUUCAGUACUUAUAAACUAUGAAGGUAUCCACCAAAUCCAUGAAAUGUCACUAGAAUAUGAGCUAGACAGUUUAGGUAAUACUCCAUUACAUAUCGCUGCAUUAUUUAAUGCAGGAGAUGUAAUUCCAUCCUUAAUAUCUAGUUCAGAUGAUAUAUUUCAAAAUAACUUUGAGGGUAAAAGUCCAAUUGAAGUGUCCACAGUCCCAAUUGGUUGUAGAAUAUUUGAUCCAGAGAAAAUCCCUGCAUUCUCCCUGACUACAUUGCAGCGAUAUUUAAGCCCACAUAAUUCACAUAAAUAUAGCACAAUCAUCUCUAAGGGAUUUCUGGAUGCUGUUGAAAAGGGGUUUUUACAGAGUGUUCAGCGACUCCUAUUCUUUCAAACAAGAGGUGACUUGUCGUCACAAGUGCAAGCUAAUUAUGAUUUGCCAUCUGCAAUAGAAUUAGCAAGACAAAACAAACAUAAAGAAGUGCAGUUUUAUCUUGAAUCAUUUGGAGUAGAUAUUGUAUGUCCAAAGCCACCCAGUGUUAGUUAUGCAAGCUUCAGGUUAAGUGAUACUGUAUUAAGUGAUUACAUACGAGUGGGUGAUACUGUAACAUAUGAAUGUUAUCAUGGAUAUCAGUUAGUAGGGAGUCCAAUCUUAUCAUGUAGUUAUAGUGAAGGCAAAGCCUUCUUUGUUCCCUCUGAACCUAUAUGCUCAAAAAUUGUUUCUGAAGAAGAUUCUGCAGUUUAUUCUGAUUCAGAUUUCUGGGGGCUGUUCAUAUUAUUUGGAGCUGUAUCUUGUAUAGUUCUACUGCUAAUAAUAGUUGUUGUUAUAGUUCACAAAAGAGGUAAGAACUCAUCAAAGAAAAUAUACCAUUCUUUACCUCAGUCAUAA